CUCCCAUAGAGUUUGUUGGCGCGCAGGUUCUAAUGUAAAUGCUGCGAGUAGAGUGUUAUUGCUGGAGUGUGGCGCGUGCAGGUUUCAGAUUUGGAUAACUGUGCAUGGCAGCAAAAUGACUAACCAGCCUCGACAGCUUCCCCAGUGGAUGUCAGGAUAUGAUACAGAGAGCACAAGUGAUACUAAAAAAAAGUCGUCGUGUAAGAAGAACAUCCUGGAAGACAGUCUUCCUUUUCUGGAGUUUAAUGGAUCAGUUGUGUACAGCUAUGAGACUUGCGAUUGCAAUUUGUUAUCGGAGGAUAUCAGAUCUAGUCUCUCUGAAGGAUCAGUUCUUGGUUUUGACAUUGAAUGGCCCCCUAUGUAUACCAAGGGAAAAACUGGUAAAGUCGCCCUAAUCCAAGUGUGUGUUUCAGAGAAAAAAUGCUAUUUAUUUCAUAUCUCUUCCAUGACAGGUUUCCCAAAGGGACUUAAAAGGCUCUUAGAAGAUGAGUCAAUAAAAAAGGUUGGAGUGGGAAUUGAAGGAGACCAGUGGAAGUUAAUGAGCGACUAUGACUUGAAACUAAAAGGCUUUAUUGAACUUACAGACGUCGCUAACCAAAAACUUAAGUGCAAGGAAAAGUGGAGCCUAAAUGGCUUAAUCAAACACCUCUUCAGUAAACAGCUUCUCAAAGACAACUCUGUACGCUGUAGCAACUGGAAUCUGUUCCCACUGAACGAGGAUCAAAAGCUUUAUGCUGCUUCUGAUGCUUAUGCUGGGCUUAUAAUUUACCAGAAACUGGAAAGCAUGGAUGAAAGUGAGAGAGUAAAUUUCUCCACAUCUAAAGGGACAGAGAUUGAAUCCUUUGAGGUGAAAAAGCAGCUAAGCACCUUGUCACAACGAUUACUGAAUAUGGUGGAUCAGGUUCCUGAGAGUUUGGAGCACUUCCAAGAUGCGCGUCGAGUGAGGGAUGCUCUCGCUGAUCUCUCCGAGAAACUGGAAGAUUUACAAAACAUAAUGAUCUCUGCUGUAAAAGAGGAUACGUUCUCAGAAGAGAGGAGGGACCACUUGCCUGACGAUAAUGAGCAGGAUAACAGAGCAAGCGCAGAUGUUAAGGAAGACAUUUUUGCCAGAGAAUUAUCAAGCCAAAAAAUGGAUGGCAGCCAUAAUAAAAACUUAAAUGACAAUGGACCUAAAGUAACUCGAGAGCAAGAUAACUUUAUGACAUUAGAAAUUACAGAAGAUGAACUCAACAUUAUGGAACAAGAGAGCAGAGAGUAUCAGAAAAGCAAUAUGAGAUAUAAAUCUGAUGAGGAUUUAAUUGAUAAUGAAGAGGAAAAGGAUCUAUCGUACGAAAUUGAAAGUGAUGAAGAACUUGAGAUUGAAAUGCUUAAGUCUGUAGAGAACCUGGACCAAAGCCCAGAUGUUGAUGCCGGAAUGAACCCUCUUCAUUCAGAUAUUGCUAUGAAAGAUAAAGCGUUAAAUUUAGCUGCAGAAGAAGAAGAGGAUGAAGGUAUAGAGGAAGAAGAGGAGGAUGACGAAUGGGAUGCAUCUGUACCUCAGCCAAAUGCAGACCAAGUUGCAUGUUUGAAGACUUACUUUGGCCAUUCAAGCUUUAAGCCAGUUCAGUGGAAAGUCAUCUAUUCUGUUUUAAAAGAAAGACGGGACAACCUUGUUGUCAUGGCGACUGGUUAUGGGAAGAGUUUAUGUUAUCAGUUUGCUCCCGUUUACACUUGUGGUAUUGGAAUUGUUAUUUCUCCUCUUAUUUCGCUCAUGGAAGAUCAAGUUUUACAGCUUGAGAUGUCAAACAUUCCCUCUUGUUUUCUUGGAUCUGCACAGUCUAAAAAUGUCCUUAGUGAGGUGAAAGCGGGACAUUUUAAAGUUAUUUACAUGACUCCUGAGUUCUGUUCUGGUGGAAUUUCAUUGCUUCAAUAUCUGGAUGAUAAAUAUGGUCUUACUUUGAUAGCUAUUGAUGAAGCACACUGUAUUUCUGAGUGGGGACAUGACUUCAGAAGCGCCUACCGAAAUUUAGGAUCUCUAAAGCGGAUGCUUCCAUUGGUCCCUAUUGUGGCUUUGACAGCAACUGCCAGUCCAUCAAUUCGUGAAGACAUAUCUAGUUCACUCAGUCUGCGUAAUCCCCAGAUCACCUGCACUAGCUUUGACCGGCCAAACUUAUACUUGGAAGUAGGACGAAAAACUUCCAAUAUGCUGAAAGACCUUCAGCAGUUUCUGAUCAAAAAGAAAGGUUGUGCGCCAACAGAGUGUGUAGUGGCCACUGUCGCAUUUGGCAUGGGCAUCAACAAAGCAGACAUACGCAAAGUUAUUCACUAUGGAGCUCCUAAGGAAAUGGAGUCAUACUAUCAGGAAAUUGGCAGGGCUGGUCGGGAUGGCCUUCCAAGCACUUGUCAUGUCCUAUGGACAUCAGCAGACAUGAAUUUUAACAGACACAUGCUGAGUGAAAUAAAGAGCGAGCGUUUUCGGGAGUACAAACUGAAGAUGAUGGCAAAAAUGGAAAAAUACCUUACCGCAAGCUACUGCAGGCGCAAGAUCAUAUUGUCUCAUUUUGAAGACAAACAACUUCGUAAGGCCACUUCUGGCAUUAUGGGGACAGAAAAAUGCUGCGAUAACUGUAAAAACAGAUUAAUACAUAAUCUUACCAUUAAUGAAACGGAUGAAAGCUUGCAAGACUUUGGGCGUCAAGCCAUCCAGUUCAUAUCAGCAGUGGAAGCACUUGGGGAGAAGUUUGGAACUGGUGUUCCAGUCCUGUUUCUUCGCGGAUCAAAUUCCCAGCGAUUGCCAGACAGAUUUCGAUGCCAUCCUCUCUUCGGCCAGGGGAAAGACCAGACAGAGGUCUUUUGGAAAGCACUAGCACGGCAGCUUCUUAAUGAAGGAUACCUAAAAGAGUCUUCAGGUCGAAACAAGUUUGCCACUACUUGUGGCCUUACAGUAAAGGGCAGAAAUUGGAUUAGCAAAGCUAAAAGUCAGUCAUGCCCGACGCUCUUGCUGCAGCCAAAUGAAGAAUUAUGUCCUCGGAAAAUCUAUGUCCCAAGCAGCGUGUAUGGUCCUUCUCAUACUCUUAAAGAAAAUCCACUGAGUUUCCAAACAAGUAAACCUACUUCAGAUGUUCAGAAAACAUCUCUGAAAGACAAAUUUUCAUACCAUGAAUCAGAAAAAAUGCCCUCAAUGCCAGAAACUUCCAGAAUCAGUAAAAAAUUUUCAUCACCAUCCAAGGCAACCAAAGCUCCUGAGCCCUCUGUUUCACCCAGAGAACUCGAACUACAGACUUCAUUGUAUGGCAAAUUAGUAUCAGCAAGGCAGAAACUUGCUAGUGAGAGGGAUAUACCGCCUGCUGUUUUGGCUACAAACAAGGUUCUGGUUGAUAUGGCUAAAUUAAGACCAACCACAGUGGAAAACAUGAAGAAACUUGAUGGAGUUUCAGAGGCCAAAUCUAACAUGUUAGCUCCCCUCUUGAACGUAGUCAAGGAUUUCUGUGCUUCUAACAGCUUAAAGGCAGACUUGUUCUUGAAUGGAGAUUCGAAAUCAGAGUCAAAAGUGCCAAGCCUAAAAACCACCGGAUCCAUUUCUAUACCAGAGUCUCAGCGAAUCACAUACUCGCUCUUUCAGGAACAGAAUUUAGCGUUACAAAAGAUCGCAGAUGCUCGCAGUUUAAGUGUGGCUGCUGUUGGAAUGCAUUUAUGCCAGGCUUUGAAAGCUGGUUACCCUGUCAAUGUGCAGCGAGCGGGCUUAACUCCAGCAUUACAGAAGACAAUUACAGAUGUUAUUAGAAAACCACCUAUUAAUUCCGACCUAUCUAGCUUUAAAGCUAUUCAUGAGCUGCUGCCGCAGGACAUUGAAAUCUACCUCAUCAGAAUGGUUAUUGCGCUUCUGGAAAAGGAGAACAAUGAUGGAGCUCAGAGCCAGAAGGUUUGUCCUGCAAGCAGUGUGAUGCCCUCUCCAGCAAAACCAUUCCAGGCGCGACCACCAGAGAACUCAAAACAGAAAGUCACUAUAGACAACUCCCUAUGGAUUGAAAAAGAGCCAGUGGAAGUGAGUAAACCUUCUACAACCUAUAAGCCUGAAGUUGCAAAUAUAGAUCUGCCAAAAGCCCCAGCCAUAGCACCCAUCAAACUAGCCUCAUGGAAUCAGUCUUCACUGGAUGCAGAUACAGAAGAGCUAUUUUCUGAAUCAGACUCCCAGGUUGACACUACAACCCCGAAGAGAAAACUGCCUGAAUGGUUUGGCGCUCCUAAAGGAAAUUUAUCAGGCAAUGUUGUCAAGAAAGCAAAAACCAAAAAGGGACUUUUUGGCUGAAAUACUGUGAGCAUUCAAGACACUGUGACAUUUUCAAACAUUUAUCAUGAAGACAGAUAUAAAGGAUAUGAAAUGUAUGAGGAAAAAAAAUAUGAAUAUAUACAGAAAGAAUUUAGGUGUUGAAAUAGACACUUGUCCUAAGUGUUACGUACUUGAAAAAACACACGGCACCUUUACUGGUAAAAUGUUUGUGUGCAAGAACAUAGUUAAAACUAAUGUUUUCUGGGUGGGGGGCUGGAAUUAACCUCACUAAAUGCAAAACUGUACAGUAGGGAAUUAGAGUGCAAGGAUAUAGGUUUAGGUAUAAAGAUAUCUUUCUCUCUUGGCUAAAACCUUCCCAAUUAUUAUUUUACUCUACGUAUUCUGUUCACUGAAAAUUUCAAGUAUAUUUCACAUAGUUUGGUGAAUAGACUGUAUAAAAUAUGAAUUUAUUAAAGUCACUUCCGUCGUUACUGCCUAA